UCAUUAUUCGCCAGGUGGCUUGUGUGUAAGUUAAGGUACGCGCGCUGCUCAAGCUACAGCGUUACGUCCCCAUUUGGUCACUACGUUUCCAGCAUGCUCUGUACCUGGCCUUUCAGUUUACUUCUCCUGGGUUCGGUUUUGGGAUCACCCCUCUUCCAUAAUCGCACAAAAAAUAGUACAAGUGAUCAUGUUGUACCUCCUCAUGCCAUUAACCCACAGGACAACUCAUCCAACUCAGUUGUUGGCUGUGAGGGCCCCUCCUGUGGUUCCUCCCACAACUAUACUGUUCUAGAUACUGCAGAUGGCUGUGAGGGCCCCUCCUGUGGUUCCUCCCACAACUAUACUGUUCUAGAGACUGCAGAUAUGCAAAGUCCCACUGGAAGAUUAAGUCUUUUGGAAAGUCACUCUAGAGGACAGAUCUUGCCUCAACCAUACGGAGGCUGCUUAUUACCUACAUGCGCCCUGCAUCACCUGUCCGAAAAGCUACAGAGUGGGGAUGAGAAGGCUGGUGACACCUCGGACCCUUACGGCGUAGGGAAGAGAUAACGGCCAAAAAGGAGGAGGAGCCUUUUGUCACAUUUGUUGCUGAAACGAUCUUCUGCAUGUAUCUACUGAGUUAAAAAGCAAUAAAAUAAUAUUUACUAUUAAUACUACAUUUAUAACAUUCUAUAAUAUUGUCAACAUUACAGUUGCUGGACAAAUAUUACACCACAAGAGGGCACCCUCACUAUCUAACAUUUAAAUUACUACAUGUAUGGACUAUUAAAAAAGUAAAUAUGACAACAAUCAGAGUUUAAGGUUAUGUCUCUUAUAAAUAAAUAAGAAACCACUUAAAAAUUAUGAAUUUCUUUCAUUUUUACCAAAUUGAAAACCUCUGGAAUAUAAUCAAGAUGAAGAUGGAUGAUCACAAGCCAUCAAACCAAUCUGAACUGCUUGAUUUUUUUGCACCAGGAGUGGCACAAAGUUAUCCAAAAGCAGUGUGUAAGACUGGUGGAGGAGAACAUGCCAACAUGCAUGAAAACUGUCAUUAAAAACCAGGGGUCAUUUCACCAUUUUUUUUAUUAUUAUUAUUACAUUUGCAACUGUCAAAAUAUAAUAAAUAAACUUACCUAAACUUAA